AUCCUCUAGAAAAAAUAGUCACAACUUCAGCGGCAGUGUACGAGUAAUAGAGAUAAACGUGGUUUUAUUGGUCACCAUGGCUUUCUAGACUUGCAAAACAACAUAACAAGUGUGCGUAUGCACUUGUGCUGCACAAUCAAACCAACUGCAAAGAUGGCGUUCCUUUCUAUCUCCCCUGCACCUUCCGCUGUCAUUUCCAGCAGGAAUCGUGCUUCCAUCUUCUUCUCCAGUGUGGAAUUGAAUAAUCCUGGUCGAAAUGUCUCUCCUGGCAGCUUUAAACCUCGACCUGGAGAUGUCUAUGUUGCCAGUUAGCACUCUGCACUGGCGGGCGGAUGUCCUUAAGAUCCCUGUUCAUGGAAAUCACUACGAACACCUUUUAGUACCUAUGGAGGAUGGGGUGAACACACAUGGGGCUGAGACAGGGUGUCUGGGAGGUGAUGGAUUCACAGAUUGGAUGACUGAGAGGGUGGAUUUUUCAUGCUACCUUCCUGCAUCAGUGGAUUCAUCAAUUCCAGCCCCUCCAAACCCAGCCCCAGAUUUGGAGAUCAUGGCCACCCUUCUUAAGAAGGAGUUGGAGCAGAUGGAAGAUUACUUCCUGGAGGAGACACUCUCCCCUGGGCUUCCAGUGCCUCCAGACCAAGUAGCUCCUAGCACCCCACCAUCCCAUGAAGUGCAUUUCCUUUUCCCUGCAUCUGACCAACAGCUUGGGGGAAGAGAAGUAGAGUUCCAGACUUACAUUGCAGAAACUCCACCUUCUGCUCAAGCACCGUUGGAGACCCUAGAUUCUGGUUGCCUGGAUCUUCUAAAUCUGUAUUGUGAUGUUCCUAAUGAUUUCCCUAGAGAACACGUGCAGGAUCUUACAGUGAUAAAUGACACCACUGACCCGCCAGCACAAUCAAAACGGCUGUAUAGGCCUACUCCAUAUGAUUGCCCCAGCAGUGUGGCUUCCAGCUGCUCUGUAUCAACCCAUGUUAAAGGUGAUCGAAAGCAAAAAAAGAGAGAUCAGAAUAAAACAGCAGCUCUGAGGUAUCGACAGAGGAAGCGUGCAGAGUAUGAUGCUCUUGAUGAAGAGUGUCAGGGCCUGGAGGCCAGAAACCGAGAGCUGAAAGAAAAGUCAGAUUCUAUUGAAAGAGAAAUUCAAUAUGUUAAGGAUCUUCUUAUUGAGGUCUACAAGGCCAGGAGUCAAAGACUUCGUAAUAACUAGCCUUUGAAAAUGUGUGAGAAAAGAUAGAUACAUUUAGUACGUUUUUAGACAAACUUUUUAUUUACAUUUACAGGUUACAAGAAUGAAUGUAAAUUAUCACACUUGUUCUAAUGCUGACAAGACUUCAAUUACUUUUUAAGAUAAACUUGUUACUGUUCUUGUCGGUAUCAUGAAUUAUUAAACAAAAAUAUUGUUGCAGGCCUAAAAUAGUGCAAAGCAGUUACAAUAAUGAACUAUGUGUGUCUUAAGGCUGUGACACACUGAGAGCAGAGCGCAGCUUGAUGAUGCGGCUGUGUGCGCUCAAUGUGUCUUGCCUUAUCUCUGCAUACUCAGCCACGUCAGGUCGCGUAGCUGUGCGCCCAGAGUUGAAAUAUUUGAACUUCAGAAGUGCUGCAGCGCGAGGCAGUUGCUUUGCCUCACACCACAUCGCUUGCAGUGUGUCACAGCCUUUACAGUUUUGGUGUGUGUUUUUUUGUUUUUUGCCGUAUUAAAUGUGACAAGGUGGCUUAUUUUCCCAAUGCAAGCGGGGAUUGAGAAUUACAAUGGUGGUUCUGAAUUCAAAAGAAGUAUCAAAAUAUAAAAUGUAUAUUUGGUCCUUUUGCCACAUUCAGAAGUAUGUGUGAAAAGCACCUGUCACAUUACAGCAUGUAAGGGUAUUUUAAAGACGGGAAAUGUUUUAUGUUUAUUUUCUUAAUGAUCCUGAUUGGAACUCUGCAGUUUCAUUCACAAAAGUUUUGAAAGGCGCAUGAAACCGAGAUUGUACAAGUUAAGUGUCACUGAAAUGUCAAGUUUGAUAUAGCUGAAUUUUUUUUUAUAUAUAUAUAUUAUAUAAAAUCUUCUCUUUGGGGAAAACUAUUCAAAGUUGAAACUAGGGUUUUGUGCUAUUUUUCUUUGUAUUGUAAACAACUUAUGUUGUGUAUGUUUAUAUAUUUUAGAAAAAUGUUUUUGUAUAUAUAAAGUAUUCUAUGCAAAAAAAUGACUUUCUGCAGUCUGAACCAGGCAAAGGACUUCAAACUUAAAAUGUCAACAGUGGCGUGAAAGAAAGCAAUAUACUUCCUGUAAAUGUACUAUGCUACAGAAUGGACUUUAUUUUACAGGUUAAAUAGGCAGUGUGAAAACCUACUACAGUAGAUGUUUUGUGAAUUUCCCAUAUAGGUUUUAUUUUCCAUAGUAAAAAACUUACUGUUAAAAUGGAGUAAUUCUUGUGUGGUAGAAUACCUGAGUUUCGGUAGCUUACAUCUAGAAGCACUUAUGCAAGUACAAAUUUUUUUAUUUUCAAGGUGUAAACAUUUUGAUGAUUAAUAAAGUUCUGGAUGUGCAAAUAA